AUGUACACCAGUGACGAGAGAUUUCCCCGCUUGGUCAUCCCCACUGCUCUCAGAUGCACCGUACUCAAUAACCUUCACGCCGGUCACCAGGGCAGAGACUCUAUGCUCCGCAGGGCCAGGCAGUCUGUGUACUGGUCCAGCAUUGACGCAGAGGUAGAGCAGAAACGACGCCAGUGCCAGGUGUGCGAGACACAUGCACCCUCCCAACCAGCCGAGCCACUCCUGACCAUCCCACCACCCCAAUACCCUUUACAGCAGGUGGUGGCGGAUUUAUUCCACCUAGACAGCAGUGUGUACAUCGUGUAUGUGGACAGGCUGACGGGCUGGCUAGAGGUGGAGCACCUGCCUGGGGCGGCCAUUAGCGCGCAUCUCAUCACAUCAUUCCGGCGAUGGUUCACCAGAUUCGGAAUUCCUGAGGUGCUCUCAUGCGAUGGGGGCACCAAUCUGGAAUCAAGAAACUUCUUCAAUGAGUGGUGUGUAAGCCUGAGAGUGUCUUCCUCCCACUACGCCCAAUCUAAUGGGCGUGCAGAGGCGGUUGUAGAGUCGGCGAAGAGGCUAUUACGGGGCAACACAAGCCGCGGAGGCUCCCUAGACACGGACGGCACCGCCAGGGCACCCCUGCAAUAUCUCAACACAUCCCUCCACGACCUGGACGCAUCCCUGGCACAGCUGCUAACGGGCAGGCAGCUGCGGGACGCCAUACCAGUCGAGAGCUCUCGCUACUUCAUCAGCGAGCAGUGGGGCAGAGCACUGCGCGACCGGGAAUGCGCUAUGGUACGCACAGCCACGACCUCCUUGCUGCGACACGACCAGACUGCCCACAACUUAACACCUCUGAACCCGGGGCAGCAAGUCUGCAUCCAGAACCUGUCUAGCGGGCGCUAG